AUGAGCGUCAUGCCCGGGCAGCCUGGUUCUGAGACACUGCUCAGAGGAUGGCGCCCCACUCCUGGUAACAACCCUUAUUCCUUCAUCCACACGGCACUGGAUGGAGGCGACACCCGUCAGCAAGCCAGCAUGGCCUCCUUAUGGUCCAUGCCCCUCAUCAGUCGAGCAUGCAGCCAAUUGUCCAUUUCAGCUGCACACCUGCCUCACUGUCAAGCCUUCACUGAACAGCAUCGACUACUUGUGAAAUGCUCAGAGUACGCAAUACUGUACCCCCAUUUUCCACCGUCCUUCACACAUGCUCAUCGAACCUUUGUGUUGCAUUUGCCCUGUUCCCUUGUUUUUCAUGCUGGCGCUCCGCACCGGCCUGCAUUGCUGGACAGCAUGCACACCCAUCCCCAACAGCCACGCGGUUGUUUUUCAAGAACUCAGGUAGACUCCAGACGCGUCCCUUGUUAUCCAAGCCCGCUGAGCUUAUCUUUACGUGUGGUGAUUUAUUUUCCAAGAGUGCUGAUUUGGUCUUCAGAUUGUAAGAACAUUACCAAUCCAUGUCUGGCCUGA